CCAAGGUGAGUUAACCGCCUUACGCGAGGCGUAUCGGAGCCUACAAUGUAUUUAAGUUGCGUAAUGCGAUGCUUUCCCCGCAUGUCUGGAGCGUCAGCAACAAGAAAGUUAUUCGCCUUCCGCAGGCAGAUGUUUUGAGUUCAUGUCCAAUUUGAGCCCGUCCCCUAGCUCCGAUUGGCCACACGCCUUAAAGUAUGAGACACAAGUGACGACACCAUUCCGAGACGGCUUGGAUACGAGAUAUCUUAUAGAUGUCCGCUCGAUCCAAGCCAUGCCAUGUCAUUUCACUCGUCUCUCUUAUUCCUGAAACGUCUGCUUGAUUUCUACUAAGGAGUGUUAUGUACGGCGGGGAACCAAUCUACAUCACAUUCGAAAUCUACGUGAAGCAACUCUUGUGAAGAGACGAUAUCAUCAAACAUCGUUCAAGAUGAUGAUCCCAGACAAUGUGUUCGAGGAGGUCCUGGCGCCAGCCACUCACCGUCCUACGCACACCCAUCUACCAAUCCCAACUGUUACUCCGGAUAUUCCUAAAGUCUAUCACCAGUACUCGACAGACGUUGGACACAAGACACUCUGGGUGGUUUGCGUUCUCAUGGGCAUCUCGUCCCUCGCGUUCUACGCAAUGGCUAUGAGAGUGCCGGUGCAAAAACGACUGUUCCAUAUCAUCACAGCCUUCAUCACGACCACCGCGUUCUUGUCCUACUAUGCUAUGGCCACCGGAUCAGGCGUCGACUUCCACACGACUGUCAUCAAAGAGUCCAAACUCCAUGUAAUCACUGAAGUCGUCAAGAGACAAGUAUUCUGGGCACGAUAUGUCGACUGGUCCCUAACUACGCCCCUCCUGCUCCUCGACCUAUCUCUCCUCGCCGGUCUCAAUGGAGCUAGCAUCCUCGUGCUCAUGUUUUCAGACAUUGUUAUGAUCCUAACCGGCCUCUUCGCCGCGUUCUCCCACCACGAAGCUCAAGGCUGGGGUUGGUACGCAUUCGCGUGCUUGGCGUACCUCAACAUCGUGUACCAGCUGGGAUACAAGGGGCGGUACGCCGUGGCAAACAAGGACAACAAGACAAAGGCCUUUUUCGGCGCCAUUUCGCUCUUCACUUUACUCCUCUGGACUAUUUACCCCGUUGUGUGGGGAAUUGCUGAUGGCUCCCGUAUGGUAAAUGUGGACGGCGAAAUUAUCGCCUAUGCUGUCUUGGACAUUCUUGCGAAGCCAGUCUUUGGCUUCUGGCUGCUAUUGACCCAUGAUAGCAUGUCACGUACAUCGCCUUCUAUUGGUGGUUUCUGGGCUGAUGGCUUGUCCUCUGAGGGGACCCUUCGUGUAAGUGCAGAUCUGUGAGGGGUACCAUUAAGACUUAUGCUGAUAAACUCUAGGUCGGAGAUCUACGUGGCGAUGAUUAAAUCUCACAUUAGUGGAAGAGAACAGAACUCGGCGGAAACCCAUUGUGAAAUUGAAUAAUGCUUCUGAAGAGGUCUUCAAGGAUUGGCUAUCGACUCCGCAAUCCUUCAUUACGACGGGCG